AUGGACGUCGAGAGCCGCCCUCGUCUAUCCAUCUUUCCCUUCUUUGCGCUGCUACAGACCUGCUUGGCAUGUCUCCUCGCCCUCUCACCACGUAGGCCUGGUCGAAUCGCGGGCUCUGUUGUGCUGGCCACCUUAGUUGCGGCCGCAUACUGCUGCACAACAGGGGAAGCCCCACGAGACUAUUCAAUAGGCAAUCUUAUCAUGAUCCAGGUGUUCACGGCGUACCUUCUCCUCUGGCUAGUCAACCCAGUGCAUGAGUAUCGUCACGAGCACGAUUAUACUGCCGCCACGAAGCUCCCUUUCGUUCGUCGAGUGUGGUGGCUACUGUGUAUAAUCAACAAUCCACGAGGAGUGGGCUGGUCAUACGAGGUCGCGCAUCUCCCCACGCGGCCCAGCAGUCCUAAAUGGACCUUCGUCGUACACAAACUCCUGUCUGCACUCCGAUGGUACCUUUUCCUCGAUUUAGCCCAGACCUACAAUCAGUCGCCUCUACGGUCGAUCUACGACUCAGCAGGGGGACCACAAGCAUACCUUAUGCGCCCCAUCUCCAUCAUUGCGCGUUUCAGCAGCCUCGUCGGGUUGCUGGCAUUGGAGAAUUCGCUAGCCGCUGCGACGAGUGUCGCACUGGGCAUCACAACACCACGAGAGUGGCCGGAUAUCUAUGGCCACUGGUCGGAUGCUUACACAGUACGGCGAUUCUGGGGUCGAACAUACCAUCAGCUUCUGCGUCGGCUCACAGCGUCUUGCGGUAAAGCGUGCUGUCGUGCGCUGGGCCUGCGCCCGGGCACCCGUGCAUCGUCCUACACUCAGUUGUACGUCGGCUUCGCCGUCUCCGGAUUUCUGCAUUGUGGUGGAGACCUUAUGGUCAGCCCGUACCUAUUCGGCACGUCGUUUCCUUUCUUCAUGUCGCAGGCCGUGGCGAUUACCUUCGAGGACGCCAUUAUCGGCAUCGUGAGAAGGAGCGGGGUGAAGAUUCCCUUGAACCUCGCGCAUUUCGCGGGAUACGCCUGGGCCAUUACUUGGUUGUGUAUUUCGGCACCACUAUACGUCAACUGGAGUUUAUUGAUUAGUCUUACCGUUCCGAGCGUUACGACGGCUUUUGUUGGAUCUGUGGCUACUGUCAUGAAGAGCCUGGGAUUGGUGCAUUGA